AAUCUCAUAUGGUUUUAUCCUACUUUUCUAGUGGUCAAAGCCAGCUGAAAACAUAUUGAUAUUUUGAUUAUACAAAAAUAUUUGCGCGAUAUAUUACAAAAGAACAUUUCCUGACAGAAUCACUUAAGUCGCUACCUCGCCAGAAGACGAUCUCACUGAGCAACGCUUGAUCAACUGGGAAAAAAUGUCUUCUAUCAAGGUGUUAAUUUUCCUUCUUGGAACUAUGGUGAUAUUCAUGAAGUUCCAAAAUACUUCUGCGGCGUCCUUAUUUGACGGUCUUGACGACGAUGAUAUUAAAAUGUUAGCAGAGGACACCGAUGACCUAGAUGAGUUCGAUGCCUCAAUGUUCAAGCACGACGAUGUAAAAGACGACGCCCAGGAGAAGAGAGCAUGUGCUAACUAUUUCUCCGCAAACUUUUGCGAACGGGCCAGGAGUUGGUGCCAUUCAAGCAGUCACAGAGGCAGGUUAACGGCCAGAAAGUGCAGGUCGACCUGUCAAGAAUGCUAAGGGAAAAAUGAUCUACAAAUUGGUUACAGUUAUCAGCCUUGGUGAUGUAUGCGAGAUUAUAAGUUGAGCUUUAGAUUGGGGGAAUGCCUCUAUAGUUUGUACAUGUUCCAGCUUAGAAUAGAAUAGCCGCUAAAAUUAUGGCAAACAUUGCGUAGUACUUGAUAAUUAUGUUUACUAUUAAUCGCGGUACGUAUGAUACACUAUUCACUGUGUAAACUGCUGAAAUAAAUUUCAGGUGUACAUACCGUUCA